AUGAUAAGUUGGUAGAAAUAAAUUCUAAUUUUAAACUACAUUUCCAUAAUAUUCUAGUAGAAAUAUUUUGGUUCCAAAUUCAAGUAGAGAGUAUUGAUACUUAUUAUAUAAAUUGAAAGGAAUUAUAGAAAUGUUAAGUCAAGGUUUUAAACAUUAAAUAAUUGCAAUAAUUUUAAUCAAUUAAAUAACUAUUUUCUCAUCAACAAUUAUAAUAAAAAAAUCUUUAUUAAAUUCAUAGUGAUGAAUAUGAUAAAGAAGAUUGUUGGUUAUAAAUUGAUGAAUUAAAAGCAUCUUUCUUAAAGAGACAAUAAAUUAAAACAUCUAUGA